CAAUGUUCGACAAGCACUUGACCUUUCAUCUAUUUGUCUUUCGGGUAUCUAUUGUUGUCGCUAUUUUGGAGUCAGUCGCUAGUGGGCAAACAGUACUUUGUCAAACUGAUAGCAAAGAUGUCUUGCUGUACGAGAAAAAUAUUACGCUGUACAGUCUUGUUGGAUCAAAUUUCAGAUUUCUACCACAUCGAUUCCCAAUAUUCGAAAAGUCAAAAUAUUUUAUACUGUCUGAUAAAUACAGUUGGACCGUCAACGUCUUUGAAACCAAUUUUAUCUAUCAGUGGCCAAAAGCUGUCAAGACGUCAAACGAAACAAAAUAUCGGACAAUCUUCAAAAUGUAUUACAGAAACCUCAAAGUAAAUGGUAUUACAGAGGAAUACGAUGGUGUGCGCCUAAGAUAUACAGUUGUGCUGCCUAAUUUCACAAUCUUUCAUUCAAAAACGGCGACUUUACGUGUCGGUGAUCUUCCCACAAUCUCAGAACAAUCGACCAUUAUUUGGAGUGAAUCAAAUUCUCGAGUAAAAACUUGUUUUAAUAUUACCGGAAGUCCCAAGCCUUCUCUGAAAAUGAAUCAACAAGCCAACAAAAUCGUCAACAGUUCUGUUGAAAUAGACGAGAGCUGCGUCUACUUUGUGUUUCAUAAAGGCAAUAAUGCCGGAAAAUUUACUGUGACAGCAGAAAACUGUUUCGGACAAUCAAAUAUUACCAUUAGUGUUCCAAAUGUUCAAAGCACUCUAAGUACUGAAAACUCUAAAAUAUAUACUCCACCUGUUAGUACUUCAAAUGUGCUCAGUACUCUCACACGGUCAGAAUCACCUCCUGUUUCUUUAUAUUUGAUUGGUGCAACGACACAAAAUACUGCAGAAGAAGAGAGCAAUACAACUUCAUCAGGAUUUCCAAGUUGGGCAUAUGCAAUUAUUUCUAUCUUUAGUAUUGCGGCGGUCACAUUCUUUCUCUUACCUAUCAUACUUUAUGUUAGAAAGAACACAUCAUACAAAGCAGCAAGUCAACAUUCAAAUAAUGGAGCAGUGGAUUCAUCGAAUCCAACGAAUGAGGGGUCCAGCCAUGUCUAUGAAUACAUAACUAAUGAAGACCAAGUGAGGCAAGUGAGACUGGAGUCAUCUUAUGUUGAACCAUUCAAUUUCGCUAUUCAAGAAAAUCCAGCCUACGGAGCUGCAGUUUAAUUCUUCAAUUGACGCAACAAUGUUGUUGCUACAGAUGUUGGCACUUCACCUUCAUUUGAUGACAAACAGCCGCUUAACUUUAAAGGAGCUAGUGUAGACCUGUUUCAGCUUAGGU